AUGAGGUUAACAGCCAUACGAAAGCUUACUGUGUGCACCUUCUUCGAUCCACAAAGCGCAAUGGCAGCUAGCACACCACGAACAUCGCAGCUUCAAUUAUCCAAGACCAGAGGUUUAUUCCGGCUCAUCUUCCAUACCAGAUUCUGGGGGAGAUUCCCCGCCGCUAGUCGUCGCCCCUCCAGUAGCAAAAAGGGAGUCAAGCCUUGCCUAUCGACCAAUAUUGUCGUCAACUGUAAAGGUACAAGCAAAAUAGCGAAGACACGCUUCGUCCUGAUUCGAAAGCUGUAUCAGAUUUGUGAACGCUGGGAUGUGCAUAAUGACGAAAGGGCAGCAACGGAGGAGCUUACUUGCGCAACAGACAGCCAACAUGUAGUACUCUUCAUUCGCGGGGGUCAUCUCAAGCAUGGCGUGCACGACUUGGGAGUGAAGACUCUCUGCAUGCGGGCUAAUCCGCAAAAGGACGUGAACACUCCGAGUUUUAGCCCCAAUCUUGCGCCUCAGUCAUCUGAACCACGAAGUGACGCCGAACGACCGGAGCUGAACGGUGCCCGACCCUUCGCCUGCCUCUUCGCCUACGACUCCCAGGCAGGGCUGAAGACCGUCUCCGUCUCGUCUACUCCAAAAGACCGGGAGAACGACAAAGGCAAAACAUAA